UAGCGAAAGAGUUCACAAAUGUUAUCACACAAGCAAGUCUAGCUGUUGAAAAAAUACUUCACAUUAGGUCAUAACGUUAUAUUUGCUUAAUAUCUGAAUUGAGGGAACACUGCAUUAUUGGAAAUUCUCUGGCUGGUAUCAUUUUAACUCUAUUAGUGUAGUGAUAGCACCUAAAGCUUCCAAUCGUAACGAACAAGAAAGGUGUGCUGGAGACAGUGGACAUCAGUAUUCAAAUCCACACGGUCAUCGCUUAGUAUUUAAAAAAGUUUAAGAAAUGUUUGUUCUGUUUAAUUUCGUUUUACUGUUAACUGUGUUCAAGUUGAAUAAUGUUUUGGAUUGUGAGGGUGUGAGAUUGGUUCCGAAAACGAGAUUACCCCAUGGCGGAAUCCUCGUUGGAUCUUAUAUAGACACCGCGAAUGGAAAUCAAAUUAGAGCAUUCAGAGGCAUUCCGUACGCUAAACCGCCUGUGGGACAUUUAAGAUUCAGACGUCCAAAACCAGCAGAAACAUGGACUGGUGAGAGGCUCGCGAACAGUGAUGGAAACGCUUGCCUGUCCCAAAACAUCUUUGAACGAGAUUUCAGAACAGUGGGCGACGAGGAUUGUCUAUAUCUUAAUGUGUACACACCUAAGCAAACUAAUCGGGAACCGCUCUCAGUCAUGGUUUGGUUCCAUGGUGGUGGAUAUCUCUCAGGCACUGGAAAUUCAGACCUAUAUGGACCUGAACGAUUGUUAGACCAUAACAUCGUUCUGGUUUCCGGGAAUUAUAGACUUGGCGUGUUAGGCUUUCUCAGUACCGGAACUAAAGAUUGCCCUGGAAAUAAUGGAUUGAAAGAUCAGGUAAUGAUACUGAAAUGGGUAGAGGAAAAUAUUGCAGCUUUCGGAGGGAAUCCAAACGAUGUGACUAUAUUUGGACAAAGCUCAGGAGGCGCAAGUGUUGGGCUUCAUAUGUUUUCGCAUCUGUCUAAAGGACUAUUCCAUAAAUCUAUACUACAGUCUGGAACAAAUUUUAAUGUAUGGGCAGUUGGAGAAGAAUCUGUUAUACUUGAACGAACAAAAAAAAUUGGAAGACUGCUAGAUUGUUCUAAACGAGGCGAUAAUUGGAAACCAUUUAUUGACUGUCUUCGUACGAAGCCAGCUGUCGAAGUUGCGUCAACUAUUCUUGAGCUAUUUGAAUAUGACAUCGAUCCUGCAGACGUUUUACCACCAGUAGUUGAACCUGACUCUAAACGAGCUUUCCUAACGAAGCAUCCGUACGAAUUCGAAAUUGCACCAAGCGCCAACGUCCCCGUGGUGGUAGGCAUUUUAAGUGAAGAUGGAGCAAUGAAAUCAGGACCUUUGCUCAACCUCAGAAAAAGAGAUUUUACCAAAAGAUUUAGGAAAGCUCUUCCAAUAAUCUUAUUUUAUGACCAUAAACCCGAGUACAUCCGAAACGGAAUCACAGAUCGAAUCGAUGAAUUUUAUUUCCAGAGAAAACACAAUUGGUCCAAGGAAAACCAUUACAAUUUGACCAAUCUCUUUACAGAUGCGUGGUUCGGAUGGGGUAUGGAUAAAUUUUUGCGGAACAGAUUCGACACUGCUGCUUACACAGAAGUUGGACCAACGUACGUAUAUUUAUUUGACCAUCGAGGGCCAAUGUCAGUGAGUGUAUAUUUACAAGCAGGACCCGAGUAUUAUGGAGUUUGUCACCUUGAUGAAUUGCUAUAUUUGUUUUUCUUCAAAUCGCUUAAUAUCCAAGGAGACAGCAAUGACGAUAAAAUGAAAUGGGCGCUGCCGUAUAUGUGGACAAACUUUGCAAAAACAGGGAAUCCAACUCCUAGAACUUCAGAAAUUUCCAAAUGGAUACCGGCGAAUCAGUUCCCUUUGAAUUACGCGCAUAUUGGACGGAAAACACUUUGGGACUGGACAAUCCUGUCCAAUGAAGUAGGUUUUCGUGAAGAACGAAUGCAGUUUUGGAGAGACAUGGAAGAGAUUUUUCAUUGACACAUGCAGCAGCAAAUUAAGUAAGAAAUGAAAAUCAAAAUACAGAUUGCUUUAAAUAAAUGAA